UGAAACAAUAACCCAAUUCAUUCUUGUAUUUCAUGAUAAAAAACCUUCCCUCUCCUCUUGGUAUAUAUAUACACACACAUGCUAUAAUUAAUUAAUAACGACAAUGUUUAUUAGUGUUCAAAUAAGUAUCCCUUCGGGUUCAGCAAUAAUCACCCUACUAGCUUUAAUUGGAGGAUUAUUGGGUUAUCUAUAUGGGCCAAUUUGGAGAUUAAGGAAAGUUCCAGGCCCACCAUCUCUGCCUCUUGUAGGACACCUUCCAUUGCUAGCAAAGUAUGGCCCUGACGUUUUCUCAGUCCUCGCUAAGCAAUAUGGCCCAAUUUACAGAUUUCAUAUGGGAAGACAACCUCUUAUAAUAAUAGCAGAUGCAGAGCUUUGUAAAGAAGUGGGAAUCAAAAAAUUCAAAGACAUUCCAAACAGAAGCAUCCCCUCUCCCAUCUCUGCUUCUCCUCUUCACCAAAAAGGUUUAUUCUUCACAAGGGACUCACAAUGGUCUACAAUGAGAAAUACAAUAUUAUCAGUAUACCAACCAUCACAUUUAGCCAACUUAGUACCAAAUAUGCAAUCAUUUAUAGAAUCUGCAACACAAAAUCUUGAAACUUCAAAUCAAGACACAAUCUUUUCAAAUCUUUCCCUAAGCCAAGCAACUGAUGUUAUUGGAGAUGCAGCAUUUGGUGUCAACUUUGGUCUAUCUAAGCCUCAUAAUUCAAUUUAUGAACCAAUGAAGAGUGAUGAAAACAUAGAACAUUAUGAUGAAGUAUCAAAUUUCAUCAAUCAACAUGUUUAUUCCACAACAAAGCUUAAAAUGGAUUUGUCUGGCUCAUUAUCCAUUAUAAUUGGUUUAAUUUUUCCUAUACUUCAAGAGCCAUUUAGACAAAUUUUGAAGAGAAUACCAUACACAAUGGAUUGGAAAAUGGAAUGUACUAAUAAAAAUUUGAGUGGUGUUCUUGAUGAGAUUGUUAAGAAGAGAAUGAAAGAAAAAAACAGAACUUCAAAGAAUUUCUUGUCACUUAUAUUGAAUGCAAGAGAAACAAAGACAGUGUCAGAGAAUGUUUUUUCACAUGAUUACAUUAGUGCUGUUACUUAUGAACAUUUACUUGCUGGUUCAGCUACCACAGCUUUUACAUUGUCAUCUAUUGUUUAUUUGGUUGCUGGUCAUACAAAUGUUGAGAAAAAAUUGCUUCAUGAGAUUGAUGAGUUUGGUCCUUGUGAUAAGAUACCUACUGCUAAAGAUCUCAAUGAUAGUUUUCCUUAUCUUGAUCAGGUGAUUAAAGAGGCAAUGAGGUUUUACACCGUCUCUCCAUUGGUUGCAAGAGAAACAUCAAAAGAAGUUGAGAUAGGAGGUUACCUUCUUCCAAAGGGAACAUGGGUAUGGUUAGCACCUGGAGUUCUAGCAAAAGACUCAAGAAACUUUUCAGAGCCAGAAAAAUUCAAACCAGAAAGGUUUGAUCCCAAAUGUGAAGAAAUGAAAAGAAGACACCCUUAUGCAUUCAUACCAUUUGGAAUUGGUCCAAGAGCAUGUAUUGGCAAGAAAUUUUCCUUGCAAGAGAUCAAGCUUACUUUGAUUCAUUUAUAUAGAAAAUAUGUAUUUCGCCAUUCACUUAGCAUGGAAAAACCAUUAGAUUUGGAAUAUGGUUUAGUUCUUAACUUCAAGCAUGGUGUAAGGCUUAGAGUAAUACAAAGAACAUGAUAGAUAAUAGUGUCUAUGUAAACCAACUAGAUUGUACUAUUCAUGCAAUGGAUGAAAUAUUUUAUCU